AUUUUAGUAGACCUAGGAACGAUAACUGUUUGUUAAUCCAAAAAUCUGCUCAAAAUGGCGACUACUGGAGUUUUACCUUUUGUGAGGGGCAUAGACCUAACACACAAUGAUUUUUCGAGAAAUUUUCCUGACCAUGUACAAGAUAUGACAGGGCUUCGAUGGCUACGGCUGAGUCACACAAAACUUGCUGAAAUUCCAAAAGAAAUAGGAUUUCUUAACAAAUUGGAGGAUCUUGUUAUGGUACAUAAUGAUAUCCAGUCACUUGGUAAAGAGUUACCUUUGCUUCCAGCUUUACACAGCAUCAAUUUCAGGUUUAACCAGUUAACAGAUUCUGGAGUGCCAAGCAAAAUAUUUACUGGGAAUGACCUUUCCAUUGUGGAUUUAAGUCACAAUAAAUUGAGUCAAGUCCCUCCAGAGCUGGAAAACAGCAAAUCUGUUUUAGUUCUCAACUUAAGUCAUAAUCAAAUAGAAAUGAUUCCAAAUCAGUUAUUUAUAAACCUGACUGAUCUUGUUUUUGUGGAUUUAAGCAAUAAUAAUUUAGAAACCCUCCCCCCUCAAAUGAGAAGAUUGACGAGUUUACAGACUUUGAUACUAGACAACAACCCUUUGAUCCAUGCUCAACUCAGACAGCUUCCAGUUUUGACAGCUUUACAGACACUAAAAAUGAAGAACACUCAGAGGACACUUAAUAAUUUCCCAACUGGACUUGAUACUCUGACUAACUUGCAAGAUGUUGACUUGUCCUACAAUACAUUGACUCGUGUGCCAGAAGCAUUGUAUAAAUUGGAAUCUCUGAAACGUCUCAACCUCAGUGACAAUGAAAUAACAGAGUUAUCUCUAAUGAUUGAUAUUUGGACUAAGAUGGAAACUUUAAAUUUGUCUAGAAAUAAGCUCAAGGCUCUACCAUCCUCACUGCAUAAACUUCAGAGCCUUAAAAAACUUUACCUCAAUGGCAAUCAGUUGGACUUUGAAGGUAUCCCAGCCAAUAUAGGCAAACUACACAAUUUAGAAGUUUUUAGUGCUGCCAAAAAUAAUUUGGAAAUGAUACCAGAAGGACUUGGAAGAUGUGGAAGAUUAAAGAAACUGAUACUUAAUGAAAACAGACUUAUCACUUUGCCUGAUAUUUUACACCUUCUUCCUGAAUUAGAGACUCUAGAUGUGAGGGACAACCCAGAUCUUGUAAUGCCACCAAAACCACAAGAAGCCAAAUCUGCACUGCAGUACUACAACAUAGAUUUCUCUCUUAAUACACAGCUGCGACUUGCAGGGGCCCAACCUGUACCAGCCUCAGGACAGUCUCCAUCACCAAAGAGUGAUCCUGUUGCCAGGAAACUGAGACUCAGAAAAAGACGAGAUGGGCAAGAAAGUGAAAAGGUUUUGAAGGGUAUGAGAGAUGUGGCCAAAGACAAAGCAGAAGGUAAAGCUUCGAGAGAUGAAGAACAAAAAGAACCACUGAAACCUAAGCGCUGGGAUGAAAAUUUACACCGUCCACAGUUAGACUACAGUGAAAUAUUUGAUGAGGAUGUGGGACAAAUCCCAGGUUUAUCUUGUUGGGAAAUUGAAAACUUUUUACCUAACCAAGUGGAUGAAGGACUAAUUGGAAAAUUCUAUCAAGCUGAUUGUUACAUUAUUUUGAAGACAUUUAUAGAUGACUCAAACAGUCUUAGCUGGAAAAUAUGGUACUGGAUUGGAAAUGAUGCCACGCUAGAUAAAAAAGCCUGCUCAGCUAUUCAUGCUGUGAAUCUGCGUAAUUUAUUAGGAGCUGACUGCAGGACUAUUAGACAAGAGCAGAAUGAUGAAGAUGAAGACUUUUUAGAUUUGUUUGAAAAUGGUAUCUCUGUGAUUGAGGGUGGACGGACAUCUAGUGGCUUCUAUACAGUUGAAGAUGCGGAUCCAGAAUUUAGACUUUACAGAGCAACAGGAACUCUAUCAGUUCAUAUGGAAAGAUGUCCACUAGAUGUGAAUGUCUUAGAUCCAAAGUUUGUCUUUUUAUUGGAUGCUGGGCAGAAAAUCUUCAUAUGGAAUGGAGCAAAAUCAAAUCUGGUCACUCGAACAAAAUCUAGACUGAUAGCAGAAAAAGUAAACAAAAAUGAAAGAAAAGGUAAUGCUGAAAUCAAUCAGUUCCCCCAAGGUAAAGAGACAACUGAUUUCUGGAGAAGUUUAGGAGCACCACUAGAAGGGGUUGAAAUUAAGAGCAGCUCUCCAUACUCAGAGUUACCAGUAAGUGAUCCUAGACUGUAUAGAGUUGGUCUUGGAAAGGGUUAUCUAGAACUACCACAAGUUCAUAUUCCAAAGAAUCGUCUAGUGAAUACACUACUAGACACUAAAUGUGUAUAUAUUUUAGACUGUAUCACCGAUGUAUUUGUUUGGAUUGGAAAAAAAUCAACAAGAUUAGUCCGGGCAGCAGCUUUGAAAUUAGCACAAGAGCUUCAUGAUAUGAUUGAUAGACCUGAGUUUGUUACAAUUUAUCGUUGUUUAGAAGGGACUGAGCCACAGAUUUUCAAAACAAAGUUUAUUGGCUGGGAUGAUGUUUUACCUGUGGACUACACACGCUCUGUGGAAUCUAUAGCCAAACGAGGGGCUGAUCUCAAAGUUAUUAUGGAGAAGGAUAAGAUGCAAACAGACUUGUCUGCACUCUUCAUGCCUAGACAGCCUGCCAUGACUGAAGAAGAAGCAGAACAACUUGCAGCUGACUGGAAUGAGGAUUUAGACGGCAUGGAAUCUUUUGUUCUUGAAGGCAAAAAGUUUGUUCGUCUUCCUGAUGAGGAGCUUGGAAUAUUCCACACAGAAGACUGCUAUGUGUUCUUAUGUAGGUACUGGGUACCUGUGGAGUUACCUGAAGGUGAGGAGGAUCUUGAUGACGAGGACCUACCUGAAGAUGAGUUUAAAUGUAUUGUGUACUUCUGGCAAGGAAGAACUGCUUCAAACAUGGGAUGGCUUACUUUUACAUUUAGUCUUCAGAAAAAAUUCCAAGCUUUAUUUGGAGACAAACUUGAGGUUGUGAGACAAUUUCAGCAGCAAGAAAAUCUAACAUUCCUUUCCCACUUCAAGCGCAAGUUUAUUAUCAAGUUAGGUAAAAGACCAGCAGGUCGUCCAGCUGACUCUGCCAAAGUUAAGCCAAGUACAGAAUUCUUCCAGCUCAGAGCAAAUGGCAGCCCCAUUGCAACCAGGUGUAUUCAGUUGGAGAAACCGGAUGCAGUUUGGCUGAAUACUCAUUUUUGUUUUAUUUUGAUGGUACCCUUUGACAGUGAUGAUCUAAAAGGCAUUGUCUACGUCUGGGUUGGUAAGAAGGCUGACCACAAAGAGGCUCAACUUACUGAAGAGAUUGCUUAUAUGAUGUACAAGGAUAGCUUCACAGUUCAAAUGAUUAAUGAAGGAGAAGAGCCAGAGAAUUUCUUCUGGGUUGGUAUUGGUGGCAAGAAAUCUUAUGACCAGGAUGCCUCUUAUAUGCAUUAUGCUCGCUUGUUUAGAUGUUCCAAUGAAAAAGGCUACUUCACAGUAUCAGAAAAAUGUGCAGACUUUUGUCAAGAUGACCUUGCAGAUGAUGAUGUGAUGUUGUUAGACAAUGGAGAACAAGUUUAUCUUUGGGUUGGUAAAAAAACAAGUGAUGUGGAAAUCAAGCUGGCUUUUAAAAGUGCACAGGUUUAUAUACAACAUCUGCGUAACAAACAGCCAGACAAACCAAGGAAACUCUUACUUGCCAUGAAAUACAAAGAAAAUAGACAUUUUGUCAAAUGUUUUCAUGGUUGGGGCAAACACAAAGAGGUGAAAGAUUUUAAAACUCUGCUGCCAACUAUUUAUUGAUUGUGUUCUAUGAAAAAAAUGCAAUCCUUGUUUUAAGUUUUGUGUUCAAACCCUGUACACCCAGUUAACCAUGCUAGAAGUUUGGUCAAUUUGACUUCGAGAUUUUGCUGUGCAACUCUUUGUUUCUUUUCUGCUAUAGAGAUAAUUCUUUUUAUACUUAAAAGUGUCACAUUUAGAUUUCAAAUGUUCAUUGUGAUCUUUUCUGUGCACGGUUUAAGUUUACAAUGAUUACAUUGUAAUUCAAAUAAAAAAAAACUAAACUAAUGUUUUCUUUGGCUGUGGCCUUAUGUAUGUUUUUUUUUAAUACAGUUGAUACUUUAAUGUCUGUGAUAGAAAUCUUGCUAUACUUCUGACAAAGGCAAUUUACGAAUUAAAACUUUCUUUUUUAAAUUAUUUAAAAGGUAACUAUUAUGGUGCUAAUUAUCAUGUCAUCUAAAAUGUAACUUUUCUGUAUAAAAUUCUGAAUUUUCUGAUAAGAUUUUUUUUGCUUUGUAAUAUACUAUUUGUAAUAUCAGUUAUAAUUAGAUGCUAAGACUUAUAGAUGUACUUAAUGAAUACAUCUGACAUAUGGCUGAUUACAUUUCAUACUUUCAAUAAUUAUAUUGAAUAUAUAACUAAACAAAUGUUUGUACAUUACUUUUUUAGCACUCAUAAGGAGUUAAUAAACUUAAUAAAAGUCA